CCCACUCUCUACUCCCUUCAAGCUUCCUCUUCCACCCAUCCACUCAACUCCACUCGUCCUCGUCGUAUCCUCACUCUUCUCCUCCAUCCUCCACACACUUGCUCCAACCUCACCAUCCCAUCCACCUCGGGUCACCUGCUCAUCCUCUCUUCCCGUCGCACUUGACUCGCUUCAGCCCGCCCAUCCCAUCUUAUCGAGUCGACUCAUCUCCAGCAGCUACCACAGCGUAUCUCGCCACCACCACGCACCUGACCUAGGCCCUUCAAUCGCAAUCGACACAAGGCCGUCCGUCACCCAUCCUCUUUUUCUUGACUCGUCAACCACAUCCCCAAACUUCCAACCCACCAUGCCUCCCCCUCCUCCCGCUCCCCCCGUCUUCUACUCGUUCAAGGACAACCAAACCCUUGUCGACUCCCUUGCCAACUUUGUCAUAAAGGCGCAGCGUGAUGCUGUCGACAAGCGUGGCAAGUUUACCAUUGCCCUCUCCGGAGGCUCGUUGGCCGCAAACCUUCGCGGCUUGGCUGGCCAGCAGAACGUGCAGUGGGACAAGUGGGAGGUCUUCUUCUGCGACGAGCGUGCCGUUCCUCUCGAGUCUGAGGAUUCCAACUACCACUCCAACUACGUAUCGUUCCUGCAGCACGUUCCAAUCCCCAAGAAUCAGAUCCACACGAUCAACCCCGAACACCUCGAUGACCUUGAGGAGCUCGCAGAUGACUACGAGAAGCAGCUCGUCAACCACUUUGCUGCCUCCAAUGCCGCCCGCUACCCCACCUUUGACCUCAUGCUCCUCGGAAUGGGUGUCGAAGGCGAGACAUGCUCUCUCUUUGCCGGCCACGAGGUCCUGUCGGAGCGGGAUGCCUGGGUUACGAGCCUCGAAGACGCGCCUAAUGGACCCAAGCGCCGUAUCACCAUGACCAUCCCCGUCCUAACGCACUGCUACCGCGCUGUCUUUGUCGUCUCGGGCCCAGAAAAGGCCGACCUUCUCCACACUGUUCUGGACGAGCCCGAGACGGGUCUUCCGUGCUCGCGCAUUCGCCCUGCCGCCCCGGGACUCGUGUUCUGGUUUGCCGACGCCGAGGCUGCCGCCAAGACUCAGUACCCGCCAACAACCUUCCGCUGGAUCGACAACCAGAAGGAGGCAGAGGAGGCCGUCGCGCUUGCAAAGAAGCGCGCCGCUCAGAGGGCUGCCGAGCAGGAGUAAUGGUUGCACGACACGCGGCUGCAUUCCCGCCUGGCAGCUAGUUAGAAGGGCUCACGCCCAGACCCCGCCGAAACUGAGCGACAAUGACCUGUAAGACUGGAUAGAGUAGGGCACGCGACCAUGCUGAGAAUCUAUGCAUGGCUGCUCGUCGCAGGAUAUGGUGAUACUGGUGGCGCAGGGUGGGGGAGAGGGCAAUGAAUUGAGAUCUGCAUUGUGCAAUG